ACGUUCCGUAUUAUUUGUAAAGACGAUUGUGAACAAACCCAUUGUUUUUGAAAGAGAUCCUGGAGGAAUCUCCAUAUUUUAGUAUAUAAAUGUUCUGUAUGCAUUCGUUUUCAAUCAUAUUUUCUCCUGAUCUGGUAACAGCAAAAGCAAAAAACAAGGACAUAAAAUAACAUCACAAUGUUGAAGAUUGUUUGCUGCUUGUUACUAUUGUUACAAGGAACGCUCGGUGCGUCACUUCCAGAGAGUAGUAAUGCGAACCUGAGUUCAGAGUCGUUUCUCAGGGGCUUGAUUACAGGAACCGGCGGUCUGUCUGGAGAAGUCGACAAUGAGAUACCGGAGGAUGAAUUUUCACAAAGAGAAGGAGAAACACAGGACGCCUCCAUUCCGGAGACUGGUUUUUGCCGUCAGAAAGCGUUCCACGCCUAUCUAAGCCUUACUCGAUGUUAUCACACGGGCAACACUAUCAUAUUUGACAGGGCACCGGUCAAUUUUGGUAACAGAUACAGUGUCCAUACCGGUGUGUAUAUAGUUCCUAAAUCGGGACUCUACGCUUUCACCUGGACUGUUGCCGCCGAGAAGAAAACCUGGUUUGUGUCGGAAUUAAGAGUGAAUGGCGUCGUGAAGGGAAAUAUCAUGACCGAUUCUGACGUCACCGGACACGCAAGUGGCAUCCAUCCAUCGACAGGGUUUGCUUUGGUUAAUGUCAAGCAUGGUGACCACGUUUACAUCAGAUAUGUAUCGGGCUCUGGGUGUAAGGUGAAAAGCGACAGAAUGACACGUUCAACCUUUUCUGGUUGGCGUUUGUCCUAAGCGUUUACGAAGUGUAGAAUUACAGUCCGUCGACAACAACGUUAAUUCAUUAUCCCUUACUAACUUUCUAUUAUCUUAACUUAUUAUUAUCUUUUUUGUUUUACUUUCCCAUUCAGGCAAUGGACAAAUCAACAUGUUAUGAAAUAUAAAUGAAAUUCAAGAAAGUUUAUCAAAAAAGCAAACAUUGGAUGUCAACUGAAAUUGAUCUAUGUAUACAACAUGAACUUCACACACAUAUUUGUCUUUUUCAUAAGUUUUUUUUCAAAUCAAGAUACAUGUUAAAAAAAUUUAACAAUCUUCAUACAUUCAAUUCUAUUUCUUCUGUCAUUCCUGUUCAAAAAUAAAAUCAUUUUCAAACGUG